AUGGCGUUUGAGUCGGACAGUGAUCGCGACAAUGGCAUCGUCAUGGUAGAAAAAAACGUCAACAAUGAGGUCUCUAAUGCGCCGAACGGGAUUGUCAAGGACUGGGAUGCAGAGGAGGGACCAUUACGGCGGAAAAUCGACUGCAUCCUCCUCCCUAUCCUCGGGAUCGCUUUUUUCUCCCUCCAGAUCGACCGCAUGAAUAUCAGCGCCGUCCUGACAUCGACGAUCACUGAUGAUCUGGGCAUCACCACGAACCAGGUCAACGUUGGAUCGCAAUUGCUCUCAGCCGGAAUCGUCGUUACGGAAAUACCAUCAAAUGUCGUUCUUCAAUGGCUGGGUCCGCAGAGGUGGCUAUCGAUACAAUUGUUCGCAUGGGGGUUGGUCGCGACAUUUCAGGCAUUCGUGCAGUCAUACCCGGCGUAUCUGGCGACGAGGUUGCUUCUGGGAAUGCUCGAGGGUGGAUUUAUACCUGGCGCGCUUUAUUAUCUUUCGACGUGGUAUAAACGCGACGAGACAAGUUUCCGGACGACACUUUUCUUUUUCGGACAGAUGUUUGCGGGGGCUACGGCCAGUCUGAUCUCCGCUGGUUUGUUGACUCUUGAUGGGAAGGGGGGAUUAGCGGGUUGGCGAUGGGUGUGGUUGGUGGAAGGACUCAUCACCAUUUUCGCUGGCAUCAUCUUUACGCUCUUCAUUCCUCCAAAAGCAGGAGACGGCAGACCACUGAUCAGCAUGGGCCGCUGGAGCUACUUUACCGAGCGCGAAUCGCAGAUUAUCCGUGACCGCGUCAUCCUCGACGACCCUCUAAAAGCGCAGGGCCAUAUCAAAAUUACUGGACGUGAUAUUUGGGAUACAAUUCGGAAGCCAAAUGUCAUCCAGCACUUUAUGGUCUCACUCGUCGCCAUGUCCGCAUACCAGGGUUUGACACAUUACACGCCCAGCAUGAUCAAGUCAUUCGGUUUCGACAGCGUGGACGCGAAUGCAUUGGCUUCUGUACCGGUGUACUGCAGUAUGAUCUGGACAUUGGUGCUAGCGUAUCUAUCUGACUGGCUUGGACACCGCGGUCCAUUCGUGUUACUGGCUAUUACGUGGAAUGUCAUUGCGUAUCCUUGUCUCCGGACGACACCGUGGGAUUCGUCGCAGUGGCAUAAAUACGGUGUUAUUUGUGUGGCUAAUGUGGCCUAUAUCAGCAUGCACAUCCUAAACGUCGGCUGGCUCUCGGUCUACUGCAAACGUCCCCAGGAGCGGAGUGUAGCCAUGGCGGUAAUCGUCAUGGCCGCCAAUUGCGCAGGUAUCUCUGGCUCACAGAUCUUCCGCACCAGCGACAAGCCGCGGUAUAUACAUGGUCUAACGGCGAUUUGUGCACUUGCUGCGGCCGCGUGGGUAUUGGCUGCGGUGUUGAAUUUGUAUUAUUUCUUUAAAAGGAGGGGGAAGGCGGGUUGA